CUCACUCUGUUUUGGAUCAUUGCAAUAAGUGGACGUGCGCUUAUUUAACUGUCUAACAAAAGAAUAAAGAAAAGGUAAAAUUAUAAAUAAUGGAAGAAAAUAAGUCGAAUAUCCAGUGCAAUGAAAAUAUUUCGGGAUCUGACCCAGAGAAGAAUUGGGUAAAUGAUUCAAUUAAAUGUAUGAUUCAGCUACUAAACAUUUUCUUUUCCGCAAUCGAAAAGAAAUGGCUUAACUUAUUGACCUCUACUGAUAACUCAAUAAAAACCAAUAUGUAUGAAUUGUGUCAUCUAUUAUCCACAAUCAUACAUGAUAUAGAUCCAGAUACAGAAAUAGCUGAACAAAUAGCGUGGAUGGAACCCAAACUCGAGAAAGAAAACGAUCAUAUUGCGAUGAUAGAAGGCAAAGAACUUCAGAUAGCAUUACUAGAAUCGAAAAUAUCGGAAAAUGAUAAGCUAAUAGCAGAGAUAGAACCCAAAAUUAAGGACCAAGACAAACAAAUAUCUAUGCUGGAGGCCCAAAUAAAACUCAUGAUCAAUGAGAAAGAUGAUCUAAUAGAGAACCAUGAAGAGCACAAGGCGAUUAUUAAAAACAAGGAUGAUCAGAUAGCAAUGCUAAUAUCAGACAUAAAAGAUAUCAAUAGACAAAUAAAUAAAAAAGAUCAAACAAUAAGUAAAUUAAAUAAACAAAUCCAAGUAUAUUACAAAAUGCAUACUAAAUACGAACCUAAAAUAAAACUAAUACGUUUUCCUAGUCUUGAGCCGUUUAAGCCAACCUGGGACAAUAAAAUCGCUGGACCAGGUUGGAUUGUCAUACAGCGUCGAACUGAUGGAAGUAUCAGCUUUGAUAAAAAUUGGAAUGCUUGGAAAGAUGGAUUUGGUGAUCCUAAUGGAGAUUUUUGGCUUGGACUGGAAAGGUUGCACAGAAUAACAACAUAUCAACAACAUGAGCUUUAUAUACACAUGGUUAAUCACAAUAUGAAAACAAGAUUUGCGCAAUAUAACAACUUUGUUGUGGGCAGCGUUGAUGAGAAAUAUGAACUAAAGUCAUUGGGUUCUUAUAAAGGAGAUGCUGGUGAUGAGAUGCGGGCUUGUGAAAAAUCAGUCUUUUCUGUCUACUAUGGUCUGUGGAAUCCAUAUAACUCUCGUCCUCAAAUUAACUUCAAUGGGAAAUUUUACGAAAGAACCCCUACAUCGGACGAUCCGAAAGAUUACCUUUUUUGGGGACGCAAAUGUAUACAAUCUGUACAAAUGUUGGUAAGACCGAUAGAAAAUUCCAAUUGACGGUCAAAACAUUCUUUGUUAGUUUUAUCCAAUUAUCCUACUUAACCGCAUCACUAUCGGAUAAAUAUAACUGUAGUUUUAAGCAACAUAAUCGCCUCAAAGUAUGCAGCAUAUUUUUAACCAUUAAAAGUCAUGUAUAAUAUGAA